CAUAACGAUGAUUCUAACGAUGGAAUGGGAGAACAACCCGUAAAAGAAUUACUACGAUUCGUUAUGCAACAGCCUUUCGACUUCCUCAAAAUGUUUGUUUCCGAUGGCUUUUUGAUUAUGACAAAUGAGCAACUAAAACGAGCUGAGUUCACAGUGAGCGAAGGUUGGAGUAUCCCAUUAUCGCUGCAGCUGUAUUGGAAGCCCGUUUUUAUAAUGAUUUACGAAGCUAAGGUUGUGAAUGAAUUGCUUAUUAAUUUGCUCAGUCGGUUGUCUGCGAAUGAAAAUCCUCUGCAGACUGAGUACCAGUUAGUAGCUUGGACCAAGUUCUUUCUUGAGCCGUGCGUCCAAACAGAAAACGAUGUAAUGACACCAUCGGAUUGGUCGAGAAUUCUGCAUAAAAUGGUGGCAGCAACUGGCCAUUUUGAAGCAGCUACGGUGGAGGCGUAA